GGGACUCUUACUAGGCAUUAACUUAAACGUUAUUUUACAUUUUAAAACCUUUAGCCUUAUCUUAUUGACUGGAAACUGGUAUGUAUCUGUAUUUCAGUUUUGAGAGUUAAUCACAUAUUUUAAUGGUCUUGUUAAACUUGUAAACUUCAUUUAACUAUCAAAUUUGAUCAUUAUGAUUUCCAGUGACUAUGCAUUUAUACAGUUUUCUUCUGCUAAGUUUGGCUUUGGACCUUUGUCAUGCAUCACCUAUUGAAUGGAAGGAUAUUCCAAACAUAAACAAAGGUUUAAAUCUCACAGAAGGAGACAUCAUGAUGCCCACUGAAAGGAAUGCCAUUCUUGGCGACCGGUGGGAUAUUCCCGUGCCCUAUAAACUGACUGCAAAUCUCAGUUUGGACUAUAAAGGAGUUAUUUUGAGAGCCUUUGAGCAGUUCAGACUGAAAUCAUGCAUUGACUUCAAGCCCAGAGCAGCAGAAGACUUUUACAUCUCUGUGGAGAGUCAUACAGGGUGUUGGUCAUAUGUCGGUCGCAUAUCUCCAGGAGGUCAGACUCUUUCCAUUGGAAAUGGUUGUGGAACAAAAUCCGUUGUUGAACAUGAGUUUCUCCAUGCACUGGGAUUUUGGCAUGAACAUUCAAGAUAUGACAGAGAUAAUUAUGUGACCAUCAACUUUGAAAACAUCAUUAAAGGGCAGGAGAGCAAUUUCAAAAAAUACAGUGAGAACCAGACCACCACCCAAGGCACGCCCUAUGAUUACUACUCUGUGAUGCAUUAUGAUAAAAAUGCCUUCAGCAACGGUAAUGGAAAUACAAUCAUUACAAAGCUUCCUGAGUUCCAAGAUGUGAUUGGUCAACGCCUGGACUUCAGUGAAUAUGAUGUGAUUGAGCUCAACACCCGCUAUAAAUGCAAUUCAUCAAUCUCUUUCCUUGAUCACUGCAGUUUUGAUGAUGAAUCUCUGUGUCAGAUGAGUGUCUGUUCUACUGGGGAUUAUGGCUGGCAAAGAUUAAAUUCAGUGAGUGGCAUCAAUGUGACUGACCACACUUACCUGGGCAAAGAACAAAAUGGUGCAUCGUUCUUCAUGCACUUCAGCACUGAGGGCAAAAACCAGUCAGACACAGCCAGACUAGAGAGCAAGACAAUGACCCCUACAAGAGACUGCAAAGUCCAGUGCCUGCAGUUCUACUACUAUCACAGUGGCAAUGAAUCUGACCAGCUCAACAUCUGGAUCCGAGAGUACCAGAAUGAUACAGACAGUAGAGGAACUCUCAGUCUAAUGGAUCAGAUUACAGGACCCCCUGGUAAUUACUGGAAAUUCCGUCAUGUGCCACUGAAUGCUAAUAAUACCUUCCAAGUUGUAUUUGAAGCACGUAAAGGAGCUGGAAACACCAGUGGAGGUUUUUCACUGGAUGAUAUCAAUAUUUCAGAGACUGAGUGUCCCCAUGUGUGGCAGAUAAGAGACAAUAUUGAGCCAUUCACUUCAGUGUACAGUCCAUUGUAUUACUCCGGUGAUGGUUAUCGCUUUCAGGCUCACUUAAUGGUGUAUCCAAAUUACUUUUAUAUAUUUGUUCGUCCUGUAUCUGGUACAUAUGACGAACAGUUACAGUGGCCUUGUCCAUGGAGACAAAUAACCUUCCAGAUGCUUGACCAGAAUCCACACAUACAGAAGCAAAUGUCCUUGGAGCAAAGCCUCACGACUGAACCUGAUUCGGCUUCUUCUAGGUAUUAUUGGGCCAAUCCUCGAAAUGGUGGAAAUCAAGUCAUAAUCGGCAAUGAGUCUGUAUUUGUGGGUGCUUGGGUUGUUUAUCCAUAUCCCAUAAACAAAUAUGAUCUGACUAGAAGAGAGUUUAUAAAGGGUGAUGACAUCAUAUUUCUAUUCAGCAUGCAAGAUAUCUCAGGGCUACUUGAAAAGGACUCUCUACCCUGCCCUAAAGCAAGAGUGGAGAAAUUAAACGUUUCUCUGGAUGCGACUGCCCAGCAGGGACCAUGUGUUCCAAGAGUUCUUCCUACAGCUACACCAGGACCCACUGAUGAAUGUGCUGGCAACAUGGCUUCCUCUCUGAUCAUCGUGGUGGUUUCCUUUCUUUUGCUAAUGAGUUAAUCAUGAGGAAUCACUAUUAUUAACCAUAUGUCUGACUACACAUGAGUUCAGUGCCAAAGAACUGCAUCUAUCUUCAGCUUCCUCCUAUAUGAUCAUUAAAUGUGAAUUGUUAAUUAAUUAUGUGUAUUGUUUAUAAAUUUUCUAUAUUCAUUUAACACCAAUCGAUAUUAAAUGUUAUUGUUAAUCAUUAUGUUUACAAAUUUAUUAUCAGACU